CGGCUGCCGUGAAUAGGUCAAUCAACUCCGGCAUAUGUUUACCGUUUUAGAAGACGUCUCGGCGGUCGGUUCGGUUUGGCGAGUGUAUGAAAAUCAGUGCCCUGAGAGGAUUCUUCGGACGGUGGGCAGAAGUCGAGACAUGCGUCAGUCCGAACAUUUCGAGUCUUGACUCCUCCAAAAAUUUCGAAAAUGCUCUCUGAUCUCUACGCUACAGUUUUUUCCUUCGUAUUCUUGGCCGGUGUGAGCCGUUCGCAUCAAAAACACGGAGGCCUGUUCCCGGAGCCGGUGGACCUCGCUGUCCGGGGUUCGAUAUGGUCGAACGGGACUUGCGGGGAGCAGGGGCCAGAGACGUUCUGCAAGUUGAGCAGGGGAACAAGGCCGCGUGAUCUGCAGUGCGGUGUUUGCGACGCCAAGAGCCACGACAAACGCCAUCCGCCUGAAUACGCCAUCGACCACGAUUCUGAUACCUGGUGGCAGAGCUCCACACUUCACAAUGGCCAUCACAACCAAAGAGUGACCGUCACGAUUGAUCUGAAACAGGUGUAUCAAGUCCUGCACAUCGGAGUCCGAGCGGGCCCUUCUCCUAGGCCGGGAAAUUGGAUUUUAGAGAGGUCCAUCGACGGGAAACACUACAUGCCAUGGCAGUACUUUGCAACGAACGGUGACGAGUGUUUGUCGAAGUACGGUAUCAAGCCAUCCAACCACCACCUGACGCGAUCUCGAGAUCAAGUCCCCUGCACGACAGCUUACUCGAAAGUAUCACCCGUUGAGGGCGGAGAGAUACACGUCAGCCUGACUCAGGGGUGGGUCAAUUCCACUUUUUACAGCCCUGAAGUUGUAGAAUUCACUAAAGCGCGAUUCGUCAGACUCAGUCUGCAGAAGAUGAGCAGCUCAAAGACAAGACACGUGCACGGCUCCGAGUUGGCUAAGAAAUUUUAUUACACUAUAAAAGACAUCCUCAUCCAGGGACGGUGCCACUGCAACGGCCAUGCUUCCAAAUGCAAGCACGACCCUCUCACUGGUGAAGCAUUUUGUGAGUGUUUGCACAAGACGACCGGCAUGUUUUGUGAUGAAUGUCUUCCUUUGUAUAAUCAAAGGCCGUGGAAGGCUGGUACUCUUAAAGAGGCCAAUCCUUGUUUGAAGUGUGAAUGCAAUGGGCAUGCUGAUGCCUGCCAGUAUGACUCUGGCAUUGAUACUACUUAUUCUCACGAUGGAAGAUUCCUUGGUGGAGGUGUCUGUUUGGAUUGUCAGGACCAUACAACUGGAGUAAACUGUGAGAUGUGCGAGGAUGGCUGGUAUCGUCCGUCUGGUGUGCUGCCAAACGCCACAAAUCCUUGCAGGCCUUGUGACUGCCCAAAGGACGUCGGCUCAAAUGGGCUGUGCUACAAAGAUGAUUCUGAAAUCGCUUUUGAUAGGCCAGCAGGUGGUUGUAUUUGUGCCAAAGGAUUUACUGGAUUGAAAUGUGAUAGAUGUGCUCCUGGCUACAGCCACUAUCCUUUUUGUUACCCUUGCAAUUGUGAUCCAAGAGGAUGGCUUGCAGGAUCAUCUUGUGAAAAAUCUUGCAAAUGCAAACCUAAUGUGACAGGAGAAUUCUGUGAAAAAUGCCAACUUGGAUUUUUCUUUCUAGACAGAGACGGAACAGUGGAUUGUAGAGAAUGUUAUUGUUCUGGGGUGUCAAAUUCAUGCGAAAGAGCUCUUGGAUACAGUGUCAAUGAAUUUAUGAGUAUGGACAAAUGGCAAGUGUGUGAUUUACAAACAAGCUACAUUGUACAGCCGCAUACGGAUCCAAAGACGAAUCAUUUACUGAUCGGAGAUUAUCAAAUGUCUGGAAUUGACAGCUACUACUGGAUGGCUCCACUUCCUUACCGUGGAAAUAAGUUGACAAGCUACGGAUCUGCAAUAACGUUUUCUUUAAGUUGGGAUAUAAUGAGAGGCGACACAAGUGGAAAAGCAACAAAAGGGCCUGACAUUGUUUUGAUUGGGCAAAAUGGUUUAAGGAUUGGUUAUGGUAAUUCUUGGCAUCAUGAAAGAAGCAUGAACAUUACAGUUCCAUUGGUUGAAGACGGCUGGUAUUAUGUUUUGGAUACUUAUAGAGACUAUGUGACACGCUUGAGAAGAAAUCACAUGGAUGUUGAAGAUUUCAAAGGAGAAUAUAUUAGUCGUGAACAACUUUUAAGUGUUCUCGCUGAUAUUAAACAUUUAUUAAUAAGAGCAAAAUUUCAUACGGACCAGGCUGAAGGAAGUUUGUUAGCUUGUAUUAUGGAAAUUGGCUAUGAGUCGGGUAGCGGAAGUUCAAUUGGUUUUAUUGAAAAGUGUGACUGUCCGCCAGGAAAUAUUGGUUUGUCUUGUGAACAGUGUGACUUUGGAUAUACAAAGGUCACCGAUGGUAUUGUACCAGUUUACAAAGUUGUAUGUUCAAAGUGUAACUGUCACAAUCAUGCUGCAACCUGUGAUGCAACGACUGGUCAAUGUGGUAAAUGUGAACACCACACUACUGGGCCAUUAUGUGAAAGUUGUAUGGACGGUUAUUACGGCGAUGCUACAAAAGGCACCCAUACUGACUGUAGGAGGUGUGCAUGCCCUUUAAUCCAUGACCAGAACAAUUUCAGUCCAACUUGUAAAGCGGACAGCUUAGAUUACGUUUGCACAGAUUGUCCUGAAGGUUAUUCUGGUAGACAUUGUGAAAGCUGUGCGCCUGGGUUUUUUGGAAAUCCAGAAGAGAGAGGAUCAACGUGUAAACCUUGCAAUUGCAGCGGUGGACCUUGUGACACCCUCAAAGGACAUUGUCUGACUUGUCAUGGGAACACACACGGGUUAAAAUGUGACAAGUGCAAAGACAAUCACUACGGAGACCCACAUUAUGGCUGUUACCCUUGUGAUUGCAAUGAAAUUGGUUCAGAAGAGAAAGAUUGGUGCGAUUCCGAAACAGGACAGUGCAAAUGUAAAGAGAAAUUUUAUGGGAGAACAUGUGAUCGAUGCCAGACUGGAUUUGGAAAUGUAUCGGCAGAAUGUCUUCCAUGCCAAUGCGAUUCUGUUGGAGCAAAAUCCUCAUUAUGUGAUUCCAUAACUGGAGCAUGUGACUGCCUUCCAGGUGUCACAGGCCAGUUCUGCGAUUCCUGCUUUCCAGAAUAUUAUGGGUAUUCUUCUGACGGGUGCAAAAAGUGUGAUUGUGAUACGAACGGAUCUGAAAGCCGUUACUGUGACUUGGAAACUGGUGAAUGUACAUGCAAGCAACAUGUUAUAGGGAGAAUGUGUAAUAAAUGUGAAUCAGGAUAUUGGGGAUUAUCAUUAGUUGGUUGUGUAUCCUGUGACUGCGAUCCUCUCGGAUCCAAAUCAAUCAGUUGUGAUUUAGAAAGCGGUCAAUGCUACUGCAAACCUGGAGUCGGGGGUCUUAAAUGUGACCAGUGCAUGCCGAAAUAUUUCAACAUGUCAAGUGAAGGAUGUUCUGAGUGUGAAGUUUGUAAUCAACCUGGAAAAAUAUGCGAUCCAGACACCGGGCGGUGUGUCUGUCCUCCUUUCACAACAGGAAUCACCUGUGAAAGAUGUGAACAACAUUCUUGGGGCUACCACCCUACAAAGGGCUGCAAACCAUGUGAUUGUGACUUGAUUGGUUCUUACGGGAGGAAAUGUGACCCGAUCACUGGCAAAUGUUCCUGUAGGGAAGGAUACCAAGGCGACAAGUGUCAAAAUUGUGUAAGGGGCUAUUUCGGUUUAGGAAGUUGUAAAAGAUGUGCUUGUAACAUCGCUGGCACACAACCUCAGCACUGUCACGAUGGUAUUUGUGUCUGUGAUGUGACUGGACAAUGUCCAUGCAAAGAUAAUGUAUUCGGUUUACAAUGUAAUCAAUGCAAAGAUGGGACGUUCGGUCUGAGAGAAGACAAUCCUGAAGGAUGCACGGAAUGCUUUUGCUUUGGCCGGAGUGCAAAAUGUAGAGAUGCGGGUUUGAUUUGGGGCAGUAUAAGAAUGAACAGGCCAAGAAUUCUAAUGGUAAACUAUGACAAUCAGACUUCACCAAAUAACGUUAUCAUCCCAGUCGAUACGAAAGAAAUUUGUUACAUCAAUUUGGCAAUACCUGGAAAUGGAGGAAUGGUGAAAAAAGAUGCCAGGCACUUAAACAUCACCAAUAAUCUAAGAAUAAUUCCAGGCGAUGAAGGGAAUGUAGAAAUGGGUGUUAACUAUUUAGUCGAUGCGCCAGUUUACUGGCAGUUGCCUAAACAAUUUUUGGGAGAUAAGCUGCUGUCAUAUGGCGGUUUUCUACAUUUUACUGUUGAAAGUGAUGGCGAACAUAAUUUUCUUCCUCAUUCGAUACUCACCUCUUAUCCAUUGCUGCAAAUCCAAGGAAAUGGAAAACUUGUGCUAGAACAUUUCCCUAUAAUUCCGUAUACUUCAGGUCAUCAUCAAGUAAGACUUCAUGAAUCAUUAUGGAGAAUGAAAAACAAUCCAGAAGAUGUGGUUAGCAGAGAAAAGUUUAUGAUUGCCUUGCAAAAUCUACAGCACAUUUUGAUACGAGCUUCAGGUUCUGUCGGUUUUACUGAAACGAGGAUUCGAGAUGUAUCUUUGGAUACUGCGGUACCUCGGGAGGGUAAUAAAGAACGGACUGUGACUGGAAUUGAAAUAUGUGAAUGCCCCCGCAAUUACAAUUCUUCAUCAUGUCAAGACCCUAGCAUCGGAUUUUACCGUUCAAAGCCUGCAAUCGGUACUGCAAGUUCUACAAUAAUUAUUGAAUUAGUGGGAGAAGCUAAACCUUGUGAGUGCAACAACCGUUCCAAUAUUUGCGACAUGGAAACUGGAUUUUGUAAAUCGUGCUUGUACAACACUGGUGGAAGGCAUUGUGAUACUUGUGCAGAAGGCUUUUACGGGGAUCCGAUAGCCAAUAUUGAAUGUCUCCCUUGUCCCUGCCCAACUAUCUUCAGAAAUAAUGCGAUAGGCUGUGAAGUCUACCCAGACGACGAACGCAUUUGUUACUGUAAAGAAGGCUAUACUGGUAAAUACUGUAACAGGUGUAGUUAUGGAUGGUUCGGAAACCCCGAGGCCGGAGGUACAUGCAAGAAGUGUAUGUGUAAUUCAUUAGGAAGAUUAGACGAAGCUUGCGAUGAAAAAUCCGGCCAGUGCACUUGCAUAAACGGUGUUACAGGAUGGGAUUGCUCAAAGUGUAUUGAUAAAAUGCACAUACUUACUGAAUAUGGUUGCAAAGAAUGCACAGAUUCAUGCAUUACUUCAUUACUAAGUCAAGUUAAUGAAAUAAGUACACGACUCCAUAACGAUACAUAUAACCUACUUACCGGGACUGUUUCUCCACCGCGGGAACCUUUGGUGAAGCUUCAGAAUCGUGCGAAUGAGUUGGAAAGAAGAUGGGUGCAAACUCGUGACAACCUGCACUUGUAUAAUGAACUUAAUGAACUCUUAGAUAAAGAAAUGAAAGUGAAAGAAAAAAAUUUGCAUAACAAGAUUAAAAAAUUGUUGAAACCUCGGAAACAUCAAGACUCGAUACAAGAAGUACGUUCAAAAGUUUUCCAGUUGAAACCAGCAUUUGAUUCUAUUGAAAAUGAAUUGUCGACAACAAAGAAAAAGUUGAUGGAUGUUAUAAAAGGACUGAGGAAUUAUGUAGAAAGAGAUGAUGAGAAAAUAAGUACAUCUGCCAUGAUUUUAGAAGCCAAGCGUAUUUUAUCUGACAUUCGCGACAAAGACUUACAAAGCAAGCGAAUAGAAGCAAAAAGAAUUUUGAGAUGUUGCAACAACUCAUUGAACGACCUCAACUUCUUUGGUGACCGGCAUGAAAUUGAACUGCUCUAUAAUCGUCUCGAUGAACUGAAAAUGAAAAUUAAAGACAUGGAUAAGUGGAUAACGGAUACGAUAGACAAACAUGACAUGAUACAAGAAUUAAACGUAGACAAUCAGAAUAUAAUAAAUACUCUGAAAAAAAGAAUAAAUGACAUUGAAAUGACAGCAGCGAACAUAAAAAAUAUUAUGAACUCCACUGAUUACAUGGCGAAGGUGGCAAGGGUUUACCUAGAUGAAUUGACGGAUGACAUCUUGGGUAUUGAAAACGAGAGGGUUGAUUUGAAAAGCCAAAAUAAGAAAGUAAAGGAUCUAAUCAGUAAUGUGCUAACAUUUCCAAAUCUUGAAGAAACUGUAUCCAUGGCUGAAAAUCACGCUGCGAAUUUAAUGAAUUACUCUGAAUACUAUAGAAAUGUUUUUAAAACUGACGCAGGUGUUGCGAUGGAAGCGAGUAAGGCGUACGAUAAUAUUGCUAAAUCAGUGGCUAAAGCUUACGAUGCUGCUCUGAACGCUACUACUGCUGCUAAGGCUUCUUAUGAAAAGGCACACCCAAAUAAUGAGUCUGACUCUUUAUUGGGACAGUCGCUUACUUCAAAGAAAUACUCUCAGGAGCUGCAUUCGACCGCAAAACAGAAACUCAAGGAUAUAAUUAUGUUUAAGUCUAAUAUGGAUAAGACGCAGGGAAAACUUGACACUAUCAUGGCGUCUACUGACGGUCUCGGGCAUGAAUUGGACAUUGUGCAUAAACAUGUCGACGAAAUGGAGGGACAGUUAAAUUCCAUUAAAAAUAUCGCGAUAAAGGCUGCUGACAAAUGUGACGAAGUGAUCGAGGCGUCUGAAGACCGACAAGAUGAAAUUCUUGAAUUAAACCACAAUCUUAUAACAAAUUUAAAAACAACUCUUCAUCGCCUGGAAGUUGAAGAUGAAUCAAAUAUGAACACUGCAAGAGAUUUAAUUGAUCGAUCUCGAGAAAAUACUAAAAAAAUUCAAGACUUUGCUGACCAAAUGACAUCUUCUUAUAUGAAGUACAACGAGGAUUUUGAAAAAUGGAAUGAUACAAUAUCUUCCAAACUUGAAGCAUUGAGAAAUAAGAUAACACAAGCACAUCAUAUUGCAAAUAGUAUUCGACUUUCAAUGACAAGCAUCGGAGAUAACAGUGGAAGCUGUGUCCGGACGUACCAGCCAACUCAUCUGGAGCCAAGUACAAUGACUUCAGUAAUCUUAACAUAUGCUAUAAGUUCUCAACUUCGAGAUGCUUUAUUGUUUUAUUUACCAAGUUCUACUUCUGAGGAUUUUGUAGCAAUAGAGAUGGUUAAUAGAAAAAUGCGGUUUGCUUGGAAUGUUGGUGGUGGGCUCGGCGAAGUAAUUCACCCACUCCACAUUCAAACUGCAGGGGAUCUGCACAAAGACCAACACUGGUACAGAGUCGAGGCAGAAAGGGUGAGCAAUAUUGGCCAUUUGAAGGUUCGACCUGUGGUCGUCCCUGAGGGGUCUCAACUGGCUGAUAAACCACCGGCCACCAAUGCAUCAGCCCCUGGUGUGGGCAGACUUGAUGUAGGCCCUGGUGACAGGAUCUGGGUCGGCGGUGCAGACAGACGACACCCACAUCUACUGUCCACUCAAUCUGGACUCGUCGGCUGUCUACAUCAAUUAUUUCUUAAUGGUCGUCCAAUUGGUCUAUGGGACUUCAGCACACAGAAUCCUAACUCCUGUACAGCAUGUGUUGAAGGUGCACAAGAGAUAAAAGAUGAGUCUUCAUAUGGAUUCUCAGGGGAUGGUUAUGUCGUAUUAAAACCUGAGAAUUCAGGAAUACGCAAUAAAUAUCUUUUCAGUGUAUCUCUCAGGUUCAAGACUUUUGACAGCAAUGCACUCCUGUUUCUUGGAAUAGAGAAUUCUACGGAUCGCUAUUUAUCACUUUCACUUCAAGACGGUCAUGCAGUCUUUCAUAUAUCUUACGGUCAGUACUCAAGCUUGGAAAUGACAACCGUGGAGCAGUACAAUAAUGGGGUGUGGCACCACAUUGAGGCGAGCAGGUUCUUCGAUAGGAUGAAUAAAUUAGAAAAAGGAAUUCUCAAAGUUGGAUCGGAAGUACGCGAUGGUGCACCAACAGUCCCACCAAACCAGGAUAUCAUUCCAGACCUGACUGUUGGGAGUUACUACAUCGGGGGUGUCCCUCCGGGCGAGGUGAACAACAUAAAGAAUUUAGCAGGAUCAUACUUAGGCUGUAUGUCAGAUAUACAAAUAGAUCAAGGAGGCUACAGCUUGCUGAAAAACAAUUACUGGGGUAUUCAAGCACCCUGCUCCAAAAAACCUAUCACAGUAGCAGGAUUUCUGGGAAAUGGAUUUCUAGAAUUACCCUCUCAUGAUCUUAAGAAGAAAGACAAUUUUGGUUUUGUGUUUUCAACGAUGAAACGCGACGCACUUUUAAUGCUCUCAACUUUCGAAGGGCUGAAUGGACAACUUGAUGAUAAAGAAGAGAGCACUAAUCUCAUAGAACAGGAGGAUAGGCAGAGUUAUUAUUCAGUGAGCCUUAGGAGGGGGCAGAUUGAUGUGAGGAUAAACGCAGGCAAAGGUGAAGUCCGUCUGGCUAGCAUUAGCUCUGAGUACGCAGAUUCUCAGUUUCACUCAGUGAGUGUGACAAAAUCUGGAAGGAAGCUGGAGCUAAGAGUCAACGACAAGCUGGAUGCGAAGACUGUACUUCCGGACGGUUCAAAUGUGGUUAAAGCUCCAGGAGAAAAGGGCGGUCUUUAUUUCGGUGGGCUUCCAGCAGGGUUUAAUACAACAGGAAGGACAUUUUCAAACAUGCCUUUUGUUGGGACAAUAAAAGACGUUAUCUUCAACGACAAGGUGUUUGGUUUUGACAAGCCAAAACAAUUUAAAAGAGUAACUAUAGGGCGAUUUGGCCCGAAUGAUGAUGGCUUGGACAAUGAAAAACAAACGGGUGUGAUGGGCUGCAGAAAAGUAUCGAGCUAUUCUUUAGAACCUGGUGCAUUGAGGUUUGGUGAUAAACUAAACUCCCAUGUGCAGAUCAACCUUAGAAGUGCAGUUGUUCAGAAUAAUUUUUCUAUUGGAAUAGACUUUAGAACGUUCUACCCAAAUGGUCUUCUUUUUAUAAUUCCUGGAGGGAAGGGACAUUUGCACCAUUAUUUAAUGGCAUCCCUCAAAAACGGACGGGUUCAAGUUGUCUUAAAAGGAAGCAGAAGGAUACACACCAAAGGACAGGCUGUGUUUAACGAUGGACUUUGGCACAGGAUGGUCGUUGAAAAGUCAGAAAAAAAAUUGUACCUCAAGGUUGACACAAUCGAUACUGAGUGGUCAAAAAUGACCAAAAAAACAAGCAUUGGGAAGCAAAUGUUCAUAGGGGGAGUUGCAGAAAAUGGUGUCAUGAUUCCAAACAAACUGUUUCAGAAAAUAGAAGGGUUUAAAGGAUGCAUUCGCAAUCUUAAAAUAAACUACAUUGAUGAAAGCCUAAUCAGUGAUAAAACAACACACCAUGGAGUUGUUGACCAGUGUUUUCCCAAUGUCGAGCGAGGGUCUUAUUUUCCUGGGGACGGUUAUGCAAUUUACAAAAACAAAUUCAACAUUGGAUCACUGUUAGAAUUUGAAAUGGAGUUUAGAACUUCAGAAAUGAAUGGGAUCCUUUUAAGCGUAUCAGAACCCCAUGGAUAUCCAGCUUUAUCUUUAGAACUUCAUAAUGGAAAAAUUGUUAUGAGUGGAGAUAUGGGAGAUAGAAGACCUUUCACUGUCACACAAGAGUUUGCGACCGAAUUUACAGCCUGUGACAACAAAUGGCACAGCGUGCAGGUAAUUUUUGUAAAGGACAAACUGAUACUUAUGGUUGACAAUCUCAAACAGACAUACUGGUUGUCUGACAAUGGCCAUUUGACGGAAGCCUGGACAAACAGCCCACUUUAUAUUGGUGGCAUCCCUGAAAACGCUUCAAUGGGAACUCUCCAGUCGAGGGAGAAUUUUAGAGGGUGCAUCAGGAAUGUGAUAAUAAGCAGAGAGAGAAAGGAUUGGACUGCCAUGGCAGCACUUCACAGCAUUCUUCUCAGUUCUUGCCCUCUUGCCGAUUGAAUUUAAUUUUAUAAGUAAAGAUUAUGUGCGUUUGCAUAUGAAAAGGAAAAGUACAAAACAUCUUAAAAAGUUAUUUAUUUAUUAAUUUUUUUAAAUUCUCAUGUUGAGAAUUAUUAUUAGGUGAAACCUAUUAAUAAUGGAAAAGACUUAUUUUGUACAGACUUUUUACCAUAGUUAAUUCUCUGACUUUUUUUUAUAUGAAUAUAGAUAAACAAUGGAAUACUUAAUGGGAACAAAAGUUAUUUUCAAGCACUAUUUUUAUACAAUUUAGUCAGUUAAAACGUUGUACAUAUUUUAU